AUGGCCACGGCGACGGCGGCGGCGGAAGGCCUUGUGCGCCAGAGAGCGACGGCGACGGCGACGGGGACGGCUUCGAAGGCGUGGACGAGGGCUUCGACGGCGUCGACAGCGACGGCGACGGCGUCAAACGCAACGGCGUGGACGGCGACGGCGUCGACCGCAACGGCGAUGCCGACGGCGAAGGCGGCGGCGGAAGGCCUUGGGCGCCAGAGAGCGAGCCCGGACCACCUCCCCGUGCCUCCCCGCCCCCGCUCCCGGUAUCGGCACCGCGCGGCGGUCCGGCCGCAUCCCCUGGCCGUGGGCACGCCGCCCCGCCCCGCCCCCGGGCUCCGGCAUGCUCAGGCGGAGCACCGUGCCCUUCCUCCUCCUCGCCCCCGCGCUCGUCCGGCACGUCCCUACAACGGCGGACUGUUUGCCGCUCUCCUCUACCUGUGCGUCGCGCUCGGAGUUGCCGUGGAUUCGUGCGGCUCGCUGCGGGCCUACGGAGGCCUCGCCGCGGUCGUCGCCGCCCUUAUCAUCGCCCUUGUGCUGAGGCGUCCGCCCCGAUUGGCCCAUCAGGACAACCCUGAUGGACCCCGCCAGAUCCUGGCGGCUCCGGCUCGGCGGAUUCAACCGGAGCAACCCCGCCUCGCUCUCACUCUCACCAUCACCGGGAGCAUCCUGGACGCUGCGCAGGUUGCUGCUGCCAUCCGCAGUUUCAUGGCAGACAGCACCCGUCCGAUCCUCGCCGUCAGCCCACCCCAAGCUGACUCCUCCGACUCCGACGGGAGCGGGUCAAGCACCAGCGGCGACGACAUCAAUAACUUGUGGUAUACUCCCCUCCACCUCUUGAAAUCAGGGGAUGUCUGUCUCAUCCACCCCGCCUUCAUCCAGCAGCUCCAGGAGAUGGAUCCAUGGUUAACCGAAGCUGAAUCCCUUGAAUUGCUUCAGAGAGCGUUCAGAGAUGCCAACACCUCUGAUGGAUUCAAAAGAUUGUCUGACAUAGUUGAGGAGAACCGAGGGAUUAUCUAUGACGGUCUUCAUGUGUUGACAGACGGAUCAACUGGGGCUUCUGUCAUGACGAUGAAAAUUACUGCAAAGCUUAUUGACUUGAUCUGUCUUGAAUUAGAUGGGCAGAACUGGAAGUCAUGUCAGGAUGUCAAAAAGGAAUGCUGCUUUCAAGAGGUUGUCAGGCAAUCUGUAGAGGAGCUCCUUGAUGUUGCACUUUCAUUCAGCAACACAAGGUGGUCUGCUCAUCAUCCAUUGCAAAUGCUAACCAUCUUAGAUGCACUUGUCGAUGUCCUAUGUACCAUAAGGGAAUUGACUUUCAGCAGUACUGAGUCCAUGCAUGAUGUGGUUGCUCAUGUUUUUUACAAGAUGGUGGUUGAUUUGAGGGGAAUGCUUGAGGGGACUACCAGUACCAGUGACAUGCAUCGCAUUCGAGAAUGUGCCAUCCAUCCAGCAACCGCUCUUCUUGUACGAUACCUGGAGUUUUUCUGUCGCAACGGGGACAUGAUGCAGUUUGUACUCGGCACCGAGGAUUUCACUAUUGAGCUUAGCAUGAUCUAUGCUUGGGUCUCCAAACUCAGCGAAGAUGCAGAAGCAAUGUUCCCAGCAAAGGGUCAAAGGUACAUAUACAUCUUGAAUAAUAUGGAUUUUGUUUAUCAACUGAAGAAUCAUCCCGGAGGAUGCCUUUCCAGCGUAGAACUGCAGACGGGUCUCUGUUCGCUGAUCCAUCAGUACAUACAGAGCUACCUUGAUGAAUGUUGGGUCCCACUUUUGGGUGUUGAUUCUCUCAAGAGAUUUCUUGAAGAGUUCUUUACCAUCUGUGAUAGCCAGAUGACAUGGAAAGUUCGUACUGUGCUCAAGGUGACACUGCGUCGGGAGAUUGUGGGAUUAAUUGUUCCAAAUUACGUGAACUUCUUACAGGAAAAUCCUAGUUCGCACCGGACUUCCUGGUUGAAGGCCAGAUCUGAGAAACCAAUGUAUAUUGCUGUGUGGUUGGAAGAGAAGAUCAGUGAAUUCUUUGAGAGAUAA